CGCUACAUGGCGCAGGGCGGAGUGCGGCGGCCGGCAUCCCUGGGCCUGGCGCUGCGGCUGCUGCUCGGCUUCGGGCUGGGCCUGCAGGCAGCCCCGACCCCGGUGCCGACCCAGUCCUUGGCCCAGGCCCCAGGCUCCUGCUCGCCCACCAGCUUCCAGUGCCGCACGAGUGGCUUCUGCGUGCCCCUCACUCUGCGCUGCGACGGUGACAAGGACUGCCCCGAUGGCAGCGAUGAGGAGGACUGCAGGAUCAAGCCUUGUGCCCAGGACGGAGAGUGCCGGCCACCCACUGGCAGCCCCUGCCCUUGUGACAACAUCGAUGACUGCCCAGAUGGUAUCGUUGAGAACAGUCACAACUGCAGUUCCCAGCCCUGCCUGGCGGGGGAGCUCCGCUGCCUGCUGGGUGGUACCUGUGUCCCACACACGUGGCUCUGUGAUGGCCAUCCUGACUGUCCCGACUCCAGUGAUGAGCUUGGCUGUGGAACUGAGACCCUCCAGGAAGGGACUGCCACAUCCAUGGGGACCCCCAUGACCCCGCACAGUGUCCCCUCUCUCAGGAAUGUCACAGCCACCCCCACUGGGGACGAGGACUCCGUCCAGUCUGGAAACCGGAGUGCUUGUGGGGUUAUCGCAGCUGCGGUGGUGCUCAGUGCCGGUGUGGCUGCCAUCUCCCUGUUCGUGCUGUCCCGGCUCUGUGCCCGGGGGCGCCUGCACCCGCUGGGGCUGCUGGUGGUCGUGAAGGAGUCCCUGCUGCUGUCAGACAGGAAGACCUCGCUGCUCUGAGGACGAGCUCUUGCCACCCAGGCUCCUGGUCCCAGAGCGGCAGCAGCUCUGG